AUGACUGACUUGUUAGGUGCUGUCAAGGGCAAGAGUGCAAUUUACCAAGGCAUGGAAGAUGACCCUGAUAUUGACGACAUUGAGGACCAGGUCGCCCCUCCACCGACAGAUGCGGAGAGGGAAAUGCAGGAGUUUUUCAAGCGGAUUGAGCAGAUUAAACUGGACCUUGCGGCCAUUAAGGACUUGCAGAAGGAAGUCCUCAGCAUGCACGAGAGGGGCAAGACAAUCGUGAAGUCCAAGGAAAUGCAGAAGCAUCCCCAGGAUAACCUUCUAGGCUACCCCGUAUUGAAACAACAGAUGUUCUCAACUUUCCCUCGGCUUGACUUCUCUCUGCAGGACAAAAUAAACGAGGUCAACAAGCUGGCCCACGCAGCGAAGGCAAAAAUCGAGGCCCUUGAUAAGGAAAACGAAGCCGCCAAGAAGAGGAAGGGACAGGGGCAAGGCACCGCCUCUGAGCGCACCCGCACCACGAUUACGGCAGGUCUUAAAAAGAAGCUCAAGGACCACAUGCAGGAGUUUUCGGAUCUACGGUCUCGUAUCCAGUCUGAAUACCGGGAGAUCGUCGAACGGCGGGUGUACACGGUGACAGGUCAGCAUGUGGACGAGGAGGAGAUUGACCGCAUGAUUGAGAACGGCGACUCCGAAAAUAUAUUUCAGAAGGCGAUUUUAGAACAGGGCCGUGGCCGUGUUUUGGAUACAUUGGCUGAGAUUCAGGAGCGCCACCGCGCCGUGAAGGUCUUGGAGCAGUCGUUGCUGGAGCUGCAUCAGAUAUUUCUGGAUAUGGCCGUGUUAGUGGAGGCUCAGGGGGAGAUGCUGGACAACAUCGAGAAGCAGGUGGCUCGCUCUGUGGACUACGUCAAGGGUGGCACGGAGGCGCUGCAGGACGCCAAGCAGCUACAGAAGAACACUCGCAAGUGGAUGUGUUGUGCCAUCAUGAUCAUGCUAAUCGUAGCGUUGGUCAUAGUGCUGGCCGUGGUGCGGCCCUGGCGGUACCUGCAGAAGUAG